AUGCUCACCACCAUGAAUAACCACCUCACUUUGGUGUAUUUAGAGUUCAUGUCUUAUGUGCUUUCACUGGGGACAGAUUUUAAUACGGUAUUUCAAUCAGAAACACCACUUCUUCAUAUGCUGAAGCCGGAAGUAGAAAAACUGUUGAAAACGUUAUCGACAAACUACAUGAAUAUAAGUUAUGUCAGAUCUUGUCAAAAUAUUUUGGCGGCUGAAUUUACAAACACAGCGCAUUUUGUUGAUUUAGAUAAUAUAUACAUAGGCAUGAAAGCAUCAGAAAGUGUUGAGAAUUUGAAAAAAUAUCUAAAUGUCCCUCGUCAUACGAUCGCAGAUUUUUAUAAAUCCUGCCAAGCCUUUUAUAUUGAACUAACUACGGAUAUUACUAAGCGUUUUGAUUUUUCGGACACAUUAUUUUCAUUUAUAUCUGUAGUGAAUCCAUCAGAAGCACAGCAAUUGAAAGUCAAAUCCCUUAAACCCUUGUUGCAACGAUUUCCGAUACUUGAAAAUGUAGUGACAUCUCAAAAACUAGAUGACGAAUGGAGAGCACACGCGAUGUUAGAUUACUCUGCUCUUGGUUUACAAGAUGAUGACAAUCCAGAAACAUACUGGGCUAAAGUGUUCAGUCUUAAAAACAGUGCAGGUCAUGGAAUGUUUUUAAAUUUGAAAUAUGCAAUAAGCCUAUUGCUCGUUUUACCUUUUUCGAAUGCAUCUGUUGAAAGAAAAUUUAGCGUUCUGAAGAAUUUGAAAACAGAAAAUCGAAAUCGGCUGCAGAAUGAUACUGUUGUGGCGCUUAUGGCCACUAAAGACGGUAUUACGAAAAAAGGAGGCAGCCUAAAAUUUGAGCCGUCUAAUGAUAUGUUAACGAAGCAAAUUUGGCGCAGUGAAGAGCUGUAG